AUGACAAAUCCUUCAAAUUUAAUAAUAUUAGUCAUAUUUACAUUAUUAGUUUAUUUAAAUUGUUUUUCGGUGUUGAUAUGUGAAUCAAAAUCGUUGGAAGGUACACUAAAUGAAAUUGAAUGUUUUAGUCAAAAUAAAGUUUAUAAUGUUGAAAAAGACAAAUGUUAUAAGUUAUUAACACGAGGACCUUGCGAAUCUGGUUAUUGGUUUGUUUUGGAAAAGCCUAAAUCUGGUAUAAAUAAUCAAGAUGUAAAAAUAUCUGGUAUUUGUGCUAAGGAACUAUGUCCUGAAGGAGGUUAUUAUUGGAGUAAAACUAAAACAUGCGUACAAGCCAAAGAUAAAAAGAGAUUAUGUGGAAAAUCAUCAGAUCAAGAAUUAUUAAAUAAUUUUUUUGGUGAGGGUGAAUGCAUGUGUUCCAGAGAACCCAUAAGAGCACGUUUAAACAACGAUGAAAAUAGCAAAUGUUAUCAAUUGUAUACAAAAGGGCCUUGUCAAGAAAGACAAGUUAUUGGUAUUUAUUUUGUUUGGAAAAUCGAUAAAGCAAAAUGCAUUGAAGAUAAAUGUUUUGAUCAAACGAAUGAAUUGAAAAAACAAGGAACGUUAUCCAGAUAUGGAGUUUUAGCUCCUUGGAUUAACGGUUCUUGUUAUGAAUUGGGUACUCAGGGUCCUUGUCCUGAAACUUUCAAAUUCAAAGUUGACCGUACGACGUUACAACCAGCAUGUAUCGCACUAAUAAAUGCCAUUUUCGACAUUGAAAAACCUCAAGAUUGUUAUCAGGAUGAAAAUGGAGACUGUCAAAAGAGAAUAAAUAAAUCUGAAAAUGCUGACAAGUACAAAGAAGAACUUUUAAACGCUCUCAAUGCAGCAAGAAAAAAAAGAACCGUGUCGCUGGAAUAA